ACAAAAACAUUUCGUCCCAACUCAUAUAACAUGUUCUUCUGUGGAACAAGCCAUAGCCAUAACAUAUAACCACCACUUGAAACAAAGAACCCAUCUCACUGGAAAAAAAACACACACAAAAACCAAGCUUUCUUCCGUGCCCAUGGAGAGCACCGACUCAUCCACAGGUUCGCAACAACCCAACCUGCCACCGGGGUUCCGCUUCCACCCCACCGACGAGGAGCUCGUCGUUCACUACCUCAAGAAAAAAGCAGCUUCUGCUCCUCUUCCGGUAGCCAUAAUCGCCGAGGUUGAUCUCUACAAGUUCGAUCCGUGGGAGCUACCCGCUAAGGCCACGUUUGGGGAGCAGGAGUGGUACUUCUUUAGUCCUCGGGACAGGAAGUAUCCGAACGGGGCGAGGCCAAACAGGGCGGCCACAUCUGGGUAUUGGAAAGCGACGGGGACUGAUAAGCCUGUGUUGACCUCUGGAGGAACCCAAAAGGUUGGGGUGAAGAAGGCUUUGGUUUUCUAUGGAGGGAAGCCCCCAAGAGGUAUCAAAACCAAUUGGAUCAUGCAUGAGUAUAGGCUUGCUGAUAACAAGCCUAACAAUAGGCCUCCUGGCUGUGACUUGGGCAACAAGAAAAACUCUCUCAGGCUUGAUGAUUGGGUGCUGUGCCGAAUCUACAAGAAGAGCAACACGCAUAGGUCUCCUAUGGAGCAUGAGAGGGAAGAUUCAAUGGAAGACAUGAUUGGAGGGGUUCCUCCUUCGAUGAACCUGAGCCACAUGAAUGCGAGGUUUCAUCUUUCGAAGAUGUCCACCACAGGCUACAACAGUGCAUUGUUGGAAAAUGACCAGAACUUGUUGGAAGGGAUGAUGAUGAACACAAGCACAACCACACCUGGUGCCAUGUCAUCUCAGUUGGGGGGCUCAAACUCCAAGCCAGAGCUCUCUUUUGUGCCAACCAUGACUCACUCUUCAAACACUUCCAAAAGGACACUCUCGUCGCUGUAUUGGAACGAUGAGGACGUGGCUGGCACGUCCUCAUCGAACAAAAGGUUCAAUUUGGAAAGUGGAGAUAACAAUCAUGGAAGUGUUGUGAGGACUGAUCAAGAGAAUGGCACUGCUAACUCUAUUGCCACUCUGCUCAACCAGCUCCCUCAAACCCCUUCAUUGCACCAACAAUCAAUGUUGGGAUCAUUAGGAGAUGGAUUACUAAGGACAACAUAUCAAAUACCAGGAAUGAAUUGGUAUGCUUAGAUCGAUAUAUGGUUUAUUUAUUGAUGAAGAAAAUAUAUAAGAAGGAUAUGAAUAUGAUCCUCAGCUGGUGGAACCUUACACUAUAUACUCUCUUAAUGCUGCCAAUUAAUUAAAUUGUAAAGAUUUUAAUGGGAUAUUGAGAUUUUGGUUGUUAGGAAUUUGGAAAGAAGUUGUUAGAGUUUGAUCAAUUAGAUGGGCCUCAUCAAACUUCGAACUCAUCCAUUGGAGGUAGCUGCAGGCAAUAACAACACGAAAGGUGAGGCCAUGGAUAUUUUUAGUUCAACUUAAAUAUAGCUUUAUACACAUAUAUAGAUAUUUGCUUGUUCUAUUGGUAUGUAAAUAAAAAAAUGGUGGUGUGCUCUUCAUGUACAAAUAUUCAAAAGAGAUAAAAGAUUUCAACUCAGCUGUUAUAUA